CACUUUCUCAUUGAAUCCCAUAAUGCCUUGUCAUGCAAACACACAAAUUCUUAUAAAAGUGGACAUCUUCGUUACUGAGCUCACCAGAGACAACUUCAGCUGCAACUUUUACAAUUCCAUAUCCCAUAACGACGGAAGGUGAAAGAUGACUCAGCUACCUUUGGCAGUAGGGUUCACCCUUCUUGGUCUGACCUUCUGUUUCCCACAGCUUCAGGUUGGUCUAGGAGACAAACCCCAAGCUGCUAAAGAAGCUGGCGUCUUGCCUCCCCUGAAUCCUCAGCUGGCUCAGCUGAUUGUCGAGAAGAUCCGCGAGGAGCUGCCCAAGCCAUCAGAAGAAAUUACCGAGAACCUGUUCAAGUCAUUUGUCAGCUACCUCUAUGAGCGCCACGAGUACGAAGAGGCCAAGAAGCUUCAGGUGAAAGCCGAGAGCCAGGAUGCCCAGGCUGCAUUCAAGGCAGUCCUUGCCCACCUCCAGCAGGUCGCUUCCCAACAGGAGCCAGCGGAAAAUACUCCACUAGGCUUCCAAGCAGCUCUACUGCAGGCUGACCCCGAGGAGAAGGAAGAUGACCCGGAACUGAAGGCCAUCAAGCUCAAGAGUCUGUUCAAGCUGCUGCUUAACUACAAGAGCUACUUGAAGGUCGGUCAGGAGAUCGUCAAGCUGGGGCUGCCCAAGGAAAAGUCCGAGCGCCUGUUUUUCGAGUCGUUUGUGGAAUUUCUCUGUGAUUCCAAGGAAAUCGUGCUGACUGCCCAGAAGAAGCUGGCAGUGCAGCAGUGGCUGAAGGAUGCGCAGGAGGAGGCCAGCAGCAGCAGAGUGAGCAGGAGCAAAACGAGGCCAAAUUUCGCCAGUUUCUCCAGUUCCUGAAAGAAAAGCGUGGCCUUGGUGGACAGUAGUCGUCCCAUGCCUCUCCUCCAUGUUCGCAGGUCGGUACAUUUCCCUGAAGAACAGUCAACAAAGAACAAGACUCACCUGCACUACAAAUGAAACGCUGAAACCUUUCACACCUUUUUCUUCAUUAAAAAAAUUUAAAUAAAGAAGUCUCUUCCAAAUAUUUUUGAUUCAUCCCAGUUUUUUUCUUGACGAUGUACCUGUACUUCCGAAU